UGUUACUUCUUGCAUCGUACGGAACAAUGUGCUGAUACUUUUCGUUUGCAAACACUGAUACUUGCAUGCAAACGGUGUGUAGGAAUUUGUUGCCAAACAUUCGUACCACAACCGUUGUCCUACUCUCUACACAGGUUACGUGAAAAUACUAGUUAUGAAGACCCAGGGAGAACAGCAAGAAAGCUCACCGUGCGCUUACAAGGACAGCUGCUGUUGAGUAUUGCAGGUGUUUGUGGCCGGAAUUUGGAACCAGAUGCAAUAUAAAAUCUUGUCUGUGUGGUUUAGGGUACUGCACAAAGCAGUAAGAAAACGGUAGUGUUUUUGUCCUAGGAAGGUUGUCGAGGGAGAACCUAAUACAACAGUGGGAACCACAAUAUUAGCAACUUUUUAGCCGCUCUAAGUUGUAGCGAAAACCACGGCCAAAGGAAAUUAUCCUGAAGGUGAAGAUAUACACGUAUAUUCAUUGGAGGAAUGGUUUUUGUCAGGAUGAGAUUUGUAACAAUCUUUCCUUUUUCCCAUGCGUUACCAAUGUUAUUAGGAUUGUCUGUUGUCUUUGGGGACUGCGGCCCAAAAUUUGGAGGAAAAUGCUCAUGUGGAGAGGGACAGUAUCAGGAAAAGAAUGAGCAAUAUAUUGUCAAUUGUACAAAUACAGGAUUCAACAACAUAUCAGUCCUCCAACAUAUACCUCCACAAACUCAGGUUCUGAUAUUCAGUGGCAAUAACAUCCCAGAACUUCCAUGGAAUGUUUUUGGGACUCUCAACAAUUACAGUCGCCUUCGGGUAGUUGACAUGUCAAAUAAUAAGAUACGUGAAAUUCGUGGUAAGUCAUAUCACAGGGUUGGAAAUGUGCAGCGUCUGAUCCUGAACCACAAUGACCUUUCAAUCUCAUCAACCGAUGGCUCCAGCCACCAUCAUCCAAGAGUAUUUUCUAGUUUUAUCAAUCUUAUGGAAUUACACCUUACAGAUGCAUUUGCUGAUAACACUCCGGAUGACCUUGCAGCUGAUUUACAUGAUAUCUUUGUAAACAGCAAUCUGACACAACUUACCAAACUUCAUCUGGAACAAAAUGAAAUAACUGGCUUCCGAGACCCACAAGUCUUCUGUGAUCUCCCAAAUCUCAUGGAUCUACAUCUUGGAGACAAUCUUCUGAGAGGAAUAGAUUUCAAUAUUACUUGUUUGAGGCAUCUUCGGUUUCUUGAUUUGGAAAGAAACAGAAUCUCUGGCUUUAACACUGGAGAUUUAGAUACAUUAGACUCCUUCCCUUCACAGAAUCAGAGCCUUGUCAUUGACCUAAGAGGCAAUCACUUCCUAUGUGACUGUAAUAUUGCUGAUUUGUAUGCAUGGUUACAGAAGACACAAGUUCAGGUACGAAACAAGGAAAUGUUACGUUGCCACCGUGGUCUUCCAGAAAGCAAUGGUGGAGAGCCAAUUAUGGAUCUUCGUCAAAUUCAGUGUGCUCCAAACAGAACAGCUAUCGUUGGAUCAGGAAUGCAGCACAAAGCCACAGCUGUUGUUCUUGGAGUUCUUACAGUCAUAUUAUUUGCCCUUCUAGCUGCAGUUGUAUACAUGAACCGAGUGCAAAUAAAGUAUCGUCUCAUGCCAAUACUAGACACAGUUUCUCGUAAAGUCCAGUACACAACCAUUGGUAAACAAGAUGAACCAGAGAUGGAUGUUUAAUAAGAUGAGAUGGUGAUGAUAAAGCAAGUUUUAUUGGUGAGGGACAAAUUUUGUCGUUUAAAUGACAUAUUCAUGUGACAUUUAAAAUAUUGGUACAAGUCUUUAUUCUGAAGAAUUUCUUACAUCAAAAGGCAGAAGAAGAAUUGGUGCUAUAGUUAAACAUUACACUGUGUUUGAAAUUUCUUGUAUUCUGCCAUAACCAUCAGUUUCAAUUGUUACAAUGUGUACAGUGCUUUUAAGUGUAUGGCUGAGAAUCUGAAACUGUAAUCCACUAAAACAAAUUGGGCAAGGUUUCAUUCAUAUACCUUAAAGUGAUUAUCUGCUCCUGAAGAUAUUAGUGUCAAGAGUGGUGGAAUUAUAUCAGUCCAAGAAAUAUCACAGAAUUUGAUGUUAACACUCAUCAAGAUUCCAGGCUGCCCUGUUUCAUUUUAUGUAAAUGAUAAACAGGGCUAUUGCUUGCUUGACUUUCUUCAACCCUGAACAUGCAGGCAGUACAUUCCUCCAAAAUGCUGAUAAACUUCUAUGAGACUACAUGGUGUCACCUUCCAGAAGACAUUACUUUUCACAGUCACUGCCAGGAGAGCCUCAGUUGUCACACACAUGAUGAUUAUACCUGAACAUUUAGUAAUACAAAUUUUACUGGUUUUGGAAGUGAUGGUAAGUUAAAGAAGAAGAGAUAAAUAAUGAAGCUGCUUGAAUAUAUAUGUGGGUGGGGUGCUGAUGCUUACCCAUUGCAUUAUUGUUUUUUGUAUUUGUAUAUUGUGUCUUCAGAUUGGAUCAACAUUUCAUUCAAGUGCCUUUGUGUGUCCAUGCACUAAUGUGUUGCUCUUUAGUGUCUCUUUGUUUGCAUGUUCAGUAAUUAUGACUGGGAGGUAAAAAAACUCCAGUUUCAUGAAAAAUGUAUAUAUUUUUUACAUUUUGAAGCAUAUUUAUCUGUAAAUUUAUCCCUUUAGAAUGCUGAGUUCAUAGUUUGACAAACAUGUUUAAUAAUUGACUGAAUAGGGUUUAGAUGCCGAUUCAUAACACUAUAUACAAAAUAACCUAUAUGCACAAUACCUGUCAGAGCCAUUUGGAAAACAGUAUUUCAUUUACCUAACUAUAAGGUGAAAAUUGUUCUUAAAUUAGCAGGGGGAAAUAGAUGGGUUAUCUUAUAAUCAGAAACAAGGCAAAACAUUUUUCUACUCUGGAUGUUUACAUUACCAGUACUGCAAAGUGCUUAAUAAUCACACUGUGGAUAGCUUUGCUUUCCAUAGCAUUAGCAUGUAUGGCUAUCUAGGUCAUGCCAUAGCUCAA